AUGGCUCUAGCGAAAGUUCUUCAGGAAGAGUUAGGUGUCCGUCCAUUGACCUUGAAAGACCUUCGAAAAGCGUGUGCCAUAGAAGACAAUGUCUGCCAUUGCGAGGAAUCGGAAGAUCUUGCAUUGGCCAUGAGGCAAAUUUUAGAAAGCGGGACGUUACACGAAUGCGGAUGGCUUCUUGUUGAUUUACCAAGAUCAAAGAGAGAGGCACGAGUGUUCCAGCGUUUGGGAAUACUACCAACACACGCUAUACAGCUUAUAAUUCCGAACGAAUCCGAUAAUUGGGAACAUAUUUGUGCAGGCGCCAAUUGCUGCCAAGCUUGUGACCCGAAUGUUGCGAGAAAGUCGGAAGAGAAACGUUAUUUGAAAAAAUUGCGGGAACUACGGGAGGCUUACGCAAAUUGUUUAAUAGAAGUCGAGGUCGGAAUCAGAACCGUCGACGAACUUGGAAGAGAUUGCGCGAUAUUAGCGAAAACAAAGAAGCAUUCCGAAGCACUGUCGCCAUUUCGAAUCGCGCUGAUUGGAUCCAGAGGAUCCGGUUGCACCACUUUAGCAAAAUCCUUGGCCGAACGAUUCAGUCUUAUUCACAUCGAUUACGAUUACGUCGCGGAACAGGCAUGUUUGCAACAGAAUCCUUUGGGUGAAAAGCUCCGAUCGCUCGAGAAUAAAUGCAGAGGAAGACUUAAGUCCGAGAUUAAGAUGCAGAUCGUCGAAAAACACAUAUCCGGGUACGAGUGCUUGAAAAGCGGUUGGGUGUUAACCGGGUAUCCAAAAUCGGUGGAAGAUUUCAAGUUGCUAGAUCUGAGUCCCACUCCUCCUAACAGGGUGAUAUUCGUGGAGGUAAACGGUGAUGUCUGCAGAGGAAGGUUGCUUAAUCGCCGGUACAAUAUCGUCACUGGUAGCAAGCACGACAUGUCCGCGAAUAGUUACGUCGGUAUAGAUGACUGUAAAUUGGGUCUACAUCCGAAAGAUUACAGACUGAUCGUCGAACGAGAUCUUCAAGAGUACGAGGAGAACGUAGCCGAUAUGAUGGAGUACGCGGGCGAAUCCGCGGUGAAAAUCGAUGGGAACGAGGAGGAGAAAGUCGUUCGGGAAAAAGUCGAAGCAAGUUUGAUGCGUCCAGCUCCGAACCCGCAGCUUAGGGUACCGACACUUCCGCCUGAGAUCGAUCCAAUGGACAUUGAAUUCGAUCCAGACGACGAACCCGAUUCCAGCGUGUUCGAUGAUAUACGCGCGCCAGAACCUACGUACACCUUCAUCUAA